UUGCGGUGCACGCGCUGCUGUAUAGCGGUCAGCUGAUAUUACCAGAGUACUUUCCAAUGAGAGUCCGCGCACCGCUGUCUACGUGACAUCACCGUUGUGACCUAAUCGAGAAGCGUUAUUUUGUCCGAGAUUGCAGCUUCAACGGUUUACGCCCGUCUUCAGCGACGAAAUAAUAACGAAAUAAAACACUGAAAGACAGCAGACGAAGUACCGGCGCAGUUCUCUGAAAAGAAACAAGUUUUUCCUCCAAAGGUAGCCAGCUCAGUUCCGUGUAGAUGAAUUAUGAGCAGCCUCCCCCCUACACAGGGCCUGGCCCCACUGCUCCAGGAUACCCCCCUCCCAACGCUCCUGGAUACCCUCCUCAGGGAUACCCUGCACAGCCAUACCAAGGAUAUCCAGUAAACACAGACCAGCCCAACCCUGGUUACCCGAACUACCCUCCAGGACCCCCUGGGUCAUAUCCGGUCCAGCCAGGAUACCAGGGGUACCCACAACCACCGUAUGGAGGCCCAAUGUAUGGGGAACCUCCUAAAAACACUGUGUAUGUUGUGGAGCAGGGCAGACGGGAGGAUUCUGGGGACCAGGCAUGUUUAACUGCUUGUUGGACGGCUCUGUGUUGCUGUUGUCUCUGGGACAUGUUGACUUAGAAUAAUGAAAAAACCCACUGUGAGCCCCUCCUUCAUUUGUAAUGAUCUUUCACUCCGUAUUUCAAUCCUUAUUUAAUGUAUGACUACUGAAAAAUAACCGAGAAACAAAUAGAGCAAUGUUUUUGUUGUAGCGUCCAUUUCCAGUAGCUCAGCUUGAAGUACCUCUUUUUAUUCCUUCAAUGACGCACGAUACGCACUGAGAGACUGAUUACACGCAUCGAUCUUAUUUGUAGAGGCCUAUUAAACAGAAUGUUUUUAUUAUUUAUCUUAUACAAAUGUCAUCUUUAAUGAAUGCAAAAAUUUACAAUUUGCUUGAAUAUAGGCCAGAUUUGAUAAUCAAAUGUGGCCUUGCACAGUCUGUGAAUGUUUGAUCUGUCUUAAUAUGAGUCAAUCAAAGAAAAACAUUUGUUUCUAUUAAAUAAAUGAUGGAAAUAA